UAUUUAAAAUUUAUUUGAAUUAAUAUUAUUUAGUUUCUGAAUUUUGCUCUAAUCAUUUAAAUAUGCAUUAUAAAAUGAGCAAAGUAUUUAUUAUUCUAUGUGGUAUUUAUUCAUCCAUCGCAUUACCUUCGUGUUUAAGAAUAAAUAAAGAGAAUGAAGAACUGAAAAGUGUUUGCUUUGAGCUUAGGAAAGUUAUGAAUAAGGAGUUGUUUAGUAAACACAAAUUAAAUGAACCUCAUGAAUUAAUUUUAAAAAGUAUUAUGGAUAACACGAUAAUUAGAGCUAUGAUUCAAAAUAAAAAAUUAUUAGUUGAAGAAAUACUAAGUGAAUGUAAAUGGCUUUUAAAAAUAUGUGAAAUAACAGAUGUGAUAAAAUAUAUUGAACUAUUUCAAGAGAAAUUUAGAAAGGAACAUUAUGAGCUAAAUUCUGUUGGUUAUAACAAAAGUGUUGAUGAUAUUUUGAAAAUUAUAUUUAUAUAUUAUUCUGAUGAUUCAGAAUUUAUAUCAACCAAUGUAUUUUUUAAUUUGUUAAAAAGUUUUAUUUUUGAUCUGAAUGACGAACAAAUCAUGAAUAGUAUACAACAGGUUAAAAACAAAUGGAAUAAAUCAAAAGAUAAUACAAAUGUAAAUGAUGACCAAAUAAACUUCAAAAGUUUUUCUACGUUGAUGACAUUUUAUUUGGAUGACUAUUUGAAGAAUACACUGCAUUUAACUAAUAAUUCAAAAUAACAAGAUCUUUUAAAUUUAUAUGAUAAUAUUACUAGUUUCUUCUUCUUUUUUCUCGCCUUAAUCCCAACUAUUUGGGGUUGGCCACCUUUAUCAUAAACAUUCACUUGACACGAUCAUCCACAUCAUCUACGCUGACAUCAACCGUCCUCAUAUCGCUAUUAUUACUAGUUUGGAUUUAUAAUAUUUUAUAUAUAUAUAUAUAUAUAGUAAUAAUAGCGAUAUGAGGACGGCUGAUGUCAGCGUAGAUGAUGUGGAUGAUCGUGUCAAGUGAAUGUUUAUGAUAAAGGUGGCCAACCCCAAAUAGUUGGGAUUAAGGCGAGAAAAAAGAAGAAGAAACUAGUAAUAUUAUCAUAUAAAUUUAAAAGAUCUUGUUAUUUUUAAUUAAAAAUUAUAAAAUUAUUUAUUAUAUAUAAUAUUUUAUUGUCACAAAAUACUGUUAAAAUAAAUAAAAUCUACAAAAAAAUAAAAAUAUAAUAGAUUUA